GACGUCAAAUUCCUGCGACACAGAGUCGCCAAACCAAACAAGCGUGAGACGCUUGUAACCGUUUUGUUAAACAAAAGAAUAGCUAAAUAAGAUGAUAAAAUGCCUAUUUGCUGGCUUAUUAGCGAGGAAGGCAAUCAUAAACCUAUUCAGCUGCCCCACUUACAGACAGUUGUCCUGGGUCGAGGUCCAGAAACGACUAUUAAAGACAAAAAGUGCUCCCGGCAGCAAGUUGAAUUGAGAGCAGAAUGCAACAAAGGUUAUGUCAAAGUUAAACAGCUGGGUGUGAACCCCACCUCUAUAGACUCUGCAGUUGUGGGUACAGGCAAUGAAGUCAAAAUGAAGCCUGGACAGCAACUUCAUAUUGUCAACCAGCUCUAUCCAUACACUGUACAGUUCAAGGAGGAUCUGACUGGCAACCACGGUGGCACCAAAAGACCAAGGGAGUCAGUUUCAGAGGACAGAGAGAGCCAGAGAGAGGCUCAGAAAAUGAAAGCAGCCAAACAGACAGAAAAGGUCUCAGUAUCACUCAGCCAUGGAGAAGCCACAAAAACCAAUGAAACUUUUGGACAUUGGAGCCAAGGUCUGAAGAUUUCAAUGCAAGACCCAAAGAUGCAGGUAUACAAGGAUGAGAAAGUCGUAGUAAUUAAAGAUAAAUACCCCAAAUCUCGUUACCACUGGCUGGUCCUCCCGUGGCAGUCCAUUCCCAGUCUGAAAGCUUUGCGUGAGGAGCACUGCGACCUGGUGAAACACAUGCAGCAAGUUGCUGACCAGAUGAUUGAGCAGUGCCCCGACGCUAGUUCAUUACAUUUCCGCACAGGGUACCAUGCCAUCCCAAGUAUGAGUCAUGUUCAUCUCCAUGUGAUCAGCCAGGACUUUGACUCUCCUUGUUUGAAGAACAAAAAGCACUGGAACUCGUUCACAACUGACUAUUUCAUUGAGUCUCAUGAUGUCAUUGAGAUGCUUGACACAAAUGGAAGGGUCACUGUGAAAGAAGGCGCCAGUGAGUUGUUGAAACUACCUCUCCGCUGUCACAUGUGUCGCAAAGAACUUCCCACUAUACCAGCUCUGAAGGAUCACCUGAAGUCUCACUUUCCCAGAUAAGAAUGUGACCUCAAAGCAGAAACAAUUCCUCAGAUGUUCACGGCUUCAACAUUGGACUCUUGGCACAUUAGACAUUAUUUUUGCCUGUUGAUUAGGAUUUACAGUUUUCUAAAACAUGUUUCAUUGAGUAUUGUAGUUAUGUGACCGGAACACGGUGUCCAUGCACAGCUUUUGUUGUAUUUUCAACUCAUCAUUUGAUCAGUAGGUUUAAGAGGCCACUGUAAAGAUGGAUAUCAUUCAUGCUCGAUGUCAUCGCACAAGUCCUGAGAGUCCUGUUCUUCCUCAACUUUCAAACAUGUUCAAAUAAGGUGUAUUAAAUGUUUUGUAAAAAAACCCCAAAAAAACAAACAAACUUUUUUUUAUUUAAAAUGAAAAUGUGGUAAGUCUCCUGCUUUUGAUCAAUUUCAGUGCAUGUUAAAGAGAAAGGGAAGCUGUAAGAAUUAUCACAUUGUGAAUUUGCUGCAGUUGUAGAUUAUUUUUAAACCAUCUGUAUUGUCUGUCUGCCAUAGAUCUGAGACAGAACUGCGGUCUUCCAAAACUGGAGAUAAAGGUGAGAUUUGUCCAGGGAAAUCUUGCCUCCAUAGAAAAACCUUUUUGAGGACUUAACAUGAUGCCAGCCUGGAAAAAUGAAACAUGGUGACUGAGUGUGGGAUGCUGUGGAGAUUUCACAUCUCUUAUUUUGUCACACAAGUGGGUUUGGAGGAGCAUGUAGUGUUUCUGUCAGAUCUGCUGCUAACUUUAAAAAUAAAAGUUUUUAAGACAUGUAGAA